CAUGGAUUCAACUUUCAAGCUCUCCAAAAACGCCGCUCGUGGCCGCGCACCAUGAGAAGACACGCGCCCUUGGUUCAGCGGCUACGGCCUGCGCUGAUUCAAUCUUCAAUACGACCGGGCUUCGUCUGCUACCAAUGCAGGACCAUCCAACUUAAUGCGUCCCCCACCACCAACUCCCGACCAGGCGCUGAUGCGUUUGGACCGUACCCCGGUUCGCAAAGAGACUCAGCAGAUGCCCGUUUCGAAGUUCUUGGGUCGCCUUACUCCCUCCUCUCCGUAACUCUUUCCGCCUCUCAGCGACUCUACACACGACGGGGGACACUGGUGUCUGUCGCGGGGGAUGUGGAAAAUGCGCAAUCUACACUCUCCCUCCUAUCCCCCCUCCAACGAGCUGCUCUCGGGAUCCCGUUCCUCUACCAGCGUAUCACCUCGACGACACCAAUCACCGCUUUAAUAGGCACUAAAUCUCCCAACACCACUUUCUCCGCCCUUCACCUCGACGGCACAACCGAUUGGAUUGUUGCGCAGCGCAACGCCCUCCUCGCCUGGACAGGCCACACACUGAGCCCGUCACCGCGCAUCCAGCAGGGCUUGUCGGUCGCCCACUGGGGCAACACACACCUCACGGGCCGCGGGCUGGCAGCCCUCGCCGCGCCGGGGCAAAUCUAUGAGCUAACGCUGGGCGAGGGGGAGGAGAUGGUGCUGCAUCCCUCACAUGUCGUCGCAUACCCCGUUACGCGCAACCCGCCGCUGCCCUUCCGCUUCAAGAGCACGCGACUCGGCCUGCAGGUCCCCGCCGUCCCGACCUCGAUUACGAACGCCGUUGGGCGCUUGAUGCCGGAUCGGGUAGCACGGUUCUGGAAUGCCAUGCGCGAUACGGAAACAUACAAGGCAGUAGCGAGGCUGCUUUACGGGUUGAGGACCACGGCGAGGCGGACGAUAUGGGGGGACCGCCUGUUCUUGCAGUUCAAGGGACCCAUGACCGUCUUGAUGUCAAGUCGCGGGGUGAGGGUGAGGGAUGUGCUGACCAGAGAGAACGUGAAUGAGAUCGCGGAUGCCGAGGCUGGCGCCGUGCCGGCUGCGGUUCAACUGGCGAGCAAGCCCAAAAUCCUGGAGGAGAAGGGGCCGGAGCCAAAGGUUGCCGUCCAUGUUGCUAGCGUUGGCAAAGGUGGGAAGGUCAGCUUUGAGGAUGCGAAAGACCUGAAUGAUUUUGUCCGGUGAGCCUCAGAUGUUGCGGCUUGAGGUAACCGCGUGUAUCUUCUUUUUGUAACCAUACAUAAAACAACCACGGACUGCGGAUAUCAGGGACGUCUCAGGGAUUGCCCCUGAAAAUGGGGCUGAGACACCCCACCAAGAAUCCGCGAUCGCCUCAUGGACCGUCAUC